GCUCUUUCCAUUUUAUAGCCGUGUUUAAGCGUUUCAGCUGAGUGUUGUGUCGCUGUGUGUUACACAGUGGUGCCACAGUGAGUGUGUGUGUCAUUACGUGGAGUUUCCCUUCAAGGCUGCAUGAGCAGCUCUGGGUGUUGAUGGAGUUGUAGGGCUCGGUGUUAAACACAAAGCCGAGUCGCUGUACCUGUACCUCUCUUCUCCAAGCCUCAGAUAUGGCGAUUAUAACGUGUAGAGUUCAGUAUCUUGAGGACACGGACCCGUUCGUGUGUACUAAUUUCCCCGAGCCUCGGAGACCUCUUCAGUACGACUUGAACGAGUUGGUGUCGCUGAACUUACAAAUCGCCGGCGUCCAGAAACUGCUCCAAGCUCCUCUGAAGUUAGAAGAGUGUGCGCUGCAGGUGGCUCUUAAUGGAAACUACCUGGAUCUGGAGUCCUCACUGGCAGAGCAGAAGGAUGAACUGGAACAGUUCUACGAUGAUUUGGCCAUUGGCAAAAAGCCCAUUUUGAUCCUCCGAACCCAGCUGUCAGUGCGGGUCCACUCCAUCCUGGAGAAACUGUAUAACUCCCACGGGCCUGAGCUGCGUCGUUCACUCUUCUCGUUAAAGCAGCUGUUUCAGGAUGAUAAGGACCUGGUUCCAGAGUUUGUGAAUUCUGAUGGCUUGACCUGUUUUAUAAAAGUGGGCGCAGAGGCAGACCACAACUACCAGAACUACAUUCUUCGAGCUUUAAGCCAAAUCAUGUUGUUCGUGGACGGGAUGAAUGGCGUUAUAAACCAUAACGAGACAGUGCAGUGGCUGUACACCCUUUGUGGCAGCCUGUCUCGGCUGGUAGUGAAGACGGCUCUGAAGCUCCUCAUAGUGUUUGUUGAAUACGUAGAGUCGAACAGCCCGCUGUUUAUUCAGGCUGUCAACACGGUGGAUAGCAAAAGAGGUGUGAAGGCCUGGUCAUACCUAGUGGCUAUUUUGGAGGAGAAGAAUGGCUCAGAUACAGAGCUCCUGGUCUUCACCAUGUCCCUUAUUAACAAGACUCUAGCAGCUCUGCCUGACCAGGAUUCAUUCUACGACAUGACAGACUGCCUGGAGCAGCAGGGGAUGGAGCACAUCAUGGAGAAACACAUAAAUAGCAAAGUCAUCGACCCUGACCUCAAACAGCAGUUUACUAUAUACGAGAAUGCUUUGAAGCAGGAGGAUGGAGAUGCAGACGAAUCAUCUCCUCUUACCCGUAAGGAGCGGAGGAAAGCAACAAACAGCGAGCAAGAGGGCCGGAGGAGCCGGCGGUCCUCGGCACAGAAUCUCGAGGAUGUUCCGUUCUCUUCGUCUCUGCCUACUUCUGCAACCUCGUCCUUGAGUCCCACUACAGGUCAGAGUUGUACCACUUCUCCCAUACCCUCAAGCACUCCAUCCUCCCCUUUCCCCUCUUCUCCAGUCAUGCAUGAUCCAUUAAGCACCUCCUCCAGUGAAUCGGAGUCCAGCUCACACAGCUCAACCCCUGUAGUGCCUGCUAUCAUAGUAAAUGAAUCUCCAGCCAAUGAUGUCAGGGGACGCACUUUCAUUGGUCAGUACCUGGCUCAUAUGGGGAUUUCUAGGCGGAGGUUAAAAAAGGCGGGGUCCAUAACACAGGAGCCCUCCACUCCCCUUAAGAGCCUCAGCGUGUCUCCCGCAGACUCGCCUCCUCAGAAGAACCAGACAGCAGAAAAAGAGCAGAGUCACACUGAGGGAAGAGGACGGCUUAACCUGCAAGAGGCAGACUCUGUUUGUGUGGAGGAUAUUGUGAGUAAGGACCGGCCCAUUCUCAGGAAGUAUGCAGGCAAAUUUUUACGCCAGCUGGAGGUCAGGGAGUGGGAGAAGAGGAAUAGUAAAGAUGUGGUGUCUCUGAUCAACAUUACGUCUCCUGAGCCAGACAUAUGCUCUCACUCUACUGAAGAAGUGCAGCCGACCUCAGAAGGGACGGAUCAGAGGGAAGUUGAGGAGCUCCAGUCUCCAGGGGCAAACUCCAGCAAUAGCAGCUUCCCUCUGAGCACCCUGGAGCAGCCGGGAGAACCACAAACAGCCCAUCAUAAUGAACCAGCAGGGGGCAGUGUGCAUCAGCACAGCACCAUUUCCAACGACAAGAAGUUCAUGCUGGACAUGCUUUAUUCAAACUCUUCCACCUCCAGUGGCUCAGGGCCACUGAAAAGCCCCAAUGUGGAGGACAGCACUCUAGAUCUCGGUAUCUCCAGCCUGGCCGGUCGUCUCUCCAGUCUGCGAUCUCGCUCCUCACAGCCCAGUGAGGAUACCUCCAGGCGGGCAGAGCUGGAGGGGCUUGAGGGUAGUGCCCAUGCUGCUCGCACCAGGCUGGCAGAAGAGCAGACGAAACGGUUGCGUCCACAGCACAGCAUCGAUGCAGAGACCCACUCACGGACUCUUGAGAAGACGAUGAUGACGCCACUGGCCAGGAACAGCAAGGAUGCAUGGGAACAUUUGCAACCCAGCUCCAGAGAACUGCGCAUUAAAGACCUGGACUUUUCUGACCUGUUGGAAGAGGAGGAUAUUGACGUCUUGGACGUGGAUGCUUUCGACACGGGCGUGAUUAACGGUGUUCCUCCACCUCCUCCUCCACCUCCAGGAUUGGGAUCUCUCCCUCCACCACCUCCUCCACCUCUACCUCCUGGGACUGGAGGAUCAACUCCCCCUCCUCCUCCACCUCCUCCUCCAGUUGCUGGAGGUCUGGGUGGACCCCCUCCUCCACCACCUCCCCCAGGAAUGUCUAGUCUUUCUCCAUCUUCGAUCGUAGAUCCAGAGUUUGUCAAGAAACGGAAGACGGUCAAGCUGUUCUGGAAGGAGCUCAAGCAGUCAGAGAGCCCGAGGAAAUGCAAGUUUGGUCGGGGAACCGUCUGGGCAUCUCUGGAUAAGGUCACGAUAGAUACCAACAAGUUGGAACAUUUGUUUGAGUCAAAGGCAAAGGAGCUUCCUGUGGCAAAGAAGGGCUCUGAAGUAAAGAAGCCUGAAAUUCUUGUUCUUGAUCCAAAGAGAAGCAAUGCCAUCAACAUCGGCAUGACCGUUUUACCUGCUGUACAUGUUAUUAAAUCUGCUAUACUCAGCUUCGAUGAAUUUGCCAUCAACAAAGAGGGUAUCGAGAAAAUCCUGACCAUGAUACCUACAGAGGAGGAGAAACAGAGGAUCCAGGAGGCUCAGCUGGCCAAUCCUGACAUUCCUCUGGGUACAGCGGAACAGUUUCUGCUCACUCUGUCCUCCAUCAGUGGCCUCACAGCACGCCUGCAGCUCUGGGCUUUUAAACUCAACUAUGAGAGCUUGGAGAAGGAGAUCGCUGAGCCCCUUUUCGACUUGAAGCACGGUAUGGAGCAACUCGGCAAGAACCAGACCUUCAAGCGUAUCCUAGCAACACUGUUGGCUAUGGGUAAUUUUCUCAACGGCUCCAACGCAAAGGGAUUUGAGCUGAGUUAUCUAGAGAAAGUGACUGAGGUGAAGGAUACUGUACACCGACAGUCUCUGCUGCAUCACUGCUGUAACUUUGUGGUUGAGAAAUUCCCGGACACAACAGACGUCUAUUCGGAGAUCUCUGCCAUCACCCGAUCUGCUAAAGUGGACUUCGAACAGCUGUCUGACAACCUGGUUCAGCUGGAGAGGAAGUGCAAGACGUCCUGGGACAACCUGAAGGUAAUAGCCAAGCACGAGACCAAACCCCAUCUGAAGAGCAAAAUGACGGAGUUCCUCAAAGACUGCACAGAGAGGAUCAUCAUUCUUAAAGUGGUGCACAGACGCAUCAUCAACAGGUUUCACUCGUUCCUCUUGUACCUGGGUCAGCCUUCGUACUCAGUCCGGGAAAUUAAGAUAACUCAUUUCUGUAAGAUCAUUAGCGAGUUCUCUCUGGAGUACCGCACCACGAGAGAGAGGGUCCUCACCCAAAAACGCAAGCGUGCAGCCCACCGUGAGCGCACCAAGACCCGCGGAAAGCUCAUCACUGAGACGGAGAAAUUCUCUGGAGCCGUCCCGACCAUUACCCAGGAGAGUCCUUCCCCGGUCUCCAUGGCAACAGAAGCCGAGCCAGCCCAAGAGGAACACGAGAACAUGAAGAACCUUCUAAUCGCCAAUGACGACCGCUGCAAACUGCGCAGAUCCCGCGCUGUACGAAAGCUGGUGACUGCUCACUCUGAUAUUCCUCCUGCUUCAACCAAUCAGGACUCUAAUGAUGAAGACGAACCUGUAGAGAGCUUGGAAAUGCAGGAGUUAAGUGAUGAAGGUUGUGGAGGCAUUGUUCCAUCACCGAUUUCUACACCCAAAGAAGACGGCGCAGGUUCACAAGAUGAAGCAACAGAUGAGAUCAUGGAUCGUCUGGUUAAGUCCGUUACUCAGAAUCCUACAGAGAGACAGUCUAGUCCUAAAACAAGGAAACGGUCACGGCUGAACAGGAAAUCACUGCGGAGGACGCUGAAGAGCGGUCUGAGCUUGGAGGUGGUGCAGGCACUGAGUCUCAGAUGAGAGAACCAGAAAUAUUAAAGGACUAGUCAAGAAUUGGCUGUUGAAACCUGCAAGAUCUGAGAACCUGAGAAUCUGAGUGUGUGAGGACUUGUUUCUCAGACACCUGUUGCAGAUGCACUUCAUCUUCCUGUAAUGGAAUAAUGAAGAGACUCCUAAGACUCUUCACAGGAAAUCACAAUCAAAUUAACUGACCUGAUGAUGGUUUUUUGUGUGUGUGUAUAUUUGGUACAUAAAGUAUUAAACUACCAGACAUGAUGUUUUUAUUAAUAUAAUUUAUAUACAACCCAACGAUGAUGCACGGUUUAGCAGAAUAUUUUGUACAGGUUCAAGGUUUUUUAUAGUAUAUGUAGCACAUUCAGAGAAGAGUAAACUCGGGUGGUCAAAAUGUGACUCUGUAUAGACGUUGGGUAGAAGGGAAUUUUAUUAAUGUUGCAGUUUUACACUGAAGUUCUGAAGUCACAAUUUCCAUUCUAAAAAUUAGGAUAUUGCUUGGCUUUUCCAGACUAUUUAAAUUAGUAACCACUUAUGUGGGGGAAUUCUUUAGAGCUAAGGAUUAUAAUCUUCACUCACAAAGAGAUCUUAUUCAGAUUUUAAAAAAAAAAAGUAGGUCAUAUGGUGUUUUGUUGUGUUUUUUUUUUUUUUUUGUUUGUUUGGUUUUUUUUUUUCCUCUUUCUUUCUUUUAUUACUUAUCAUAACACUUGAUAGUUUUGUGGAUGCUAUAAUACCUUGCAGUUUGGUUGUGUUUUUUUAAAAUUGACAGAAAUCCACAUUGCACAUGUUAAGUGUCACUCUUACACCAAAACAGGUUCAUAUGUUGGCCAAUUUUAGCUGAGAUUUAUUAUUUUUUUUUCUUUAGGUUCCACUGUGAGACCUUCUCGGUUCACUAGAUAUUUUCAGUUCAGCAAAAUGUUUUUAUGGUCACUGCUUCUUUUGCACAGGAGGUUGUUUUGAGGAGUAUUCAGCUAGCUCUAUGUCACACUGUCGUUAUACUGGUGUGAAAUUUUGUAAUGUAAAUGCAUGUUUGCUUCAUCCUGAAUGUAUUACUGUAGGUGUGCGUCACUGUUAAGAGACCCAGUCCUUACUCUUAACCACUUCAAGCACAUGCAUGCAAACUCCUUACUGCAGAUGCAAGUUUUUUUUUUAAAUCCUUUGACGUGUGUAAAUGUUUGACCUUGAACAGUGAAUGCAGAAAAUAAAGUAUCUGAACAGCA